UUUAACAUCAUUCCUUGUCCUCCUCCUCCUUUGGCUCAUUUGCUCCAAGUUCUUUAGAAAAUGUCGAAAAAUUUCGGUUUGUUUAUAUGCAUCUUGAUCUUGGCAAUGGAUAUUUCGGCCGGAAUUCUUGGUAUCCAAGCCGAGGUGGCUCAAAACAAGGUGAAGCAUUUGAAAGUGUGGAUACUCGAGUGUAAAGAUCCGAGCUACAAAGCGUUCAAGCUAGGGUUAGCGGCCGUUGUGCUCUUGGCUCUCGCUCAUGUCACGUCCAAUUUGCUCGGUGGGUGCGUCUGCAUCCGGUCAAGGAAGGAGCUUGAAGAUUCAUCUCCAAACACGCAACUCGCUAUGGUGUCUCUCGUCUUCUCUUGGAUCAUACUGGUGAUAGGGUUCUCGAUGUUGAUGGUAGGGACGAUGGCAAAUUCAAGAUCGAGAAAAUCUUGCGGGAUUUCGCACACUCGGGUUCUCUCCAUUGGAGGGAUACUUUGCUUCAUCCAUGCCCUCUUCGCGGUGGCUUAUUACAUAUCUGCAACCGCAACGACAAGGGAACUUAAGCAAGGAGGAGGCCAUGCUUGAAUUCUUUUGGGUGUCAAUUCAGCAUAUAUUUAGAUGAAAUAUUUUUCACAAUCAUGAAGCUUUUAUGAUUUAUAUUUCCAUUGAAUUCUUCCCAUUGUUCAUGAAUCUAUGUAUGGAUGUGAAAAUGAACAUCAACAACAUGUCGUCUUUUCAUGCGUAUACGGUGCA